GUGUGUGUGUUUUUGUGUGCGCGUUCAUCUAUUCGUACAGUUGUGCUCUGUGAACGGAGGCCCUUGUGCGUGCGCCACAUUCUUCUCGUCGCCCGUCAGGGAAAAGGAAUAGAUUUUCUUUUUUCCGCGGCAUCUGCCCCUACGACUCGACGGUACUGUAAGCGGGUGACGCAAAACCAUCCAGAUCCACGGUAGAAGCAAAAGAGGAUUUGUCGCAGCCAACCCUUUCGAGUGGAGAGCGAAAAGUGCACCCCCUUCCCCUCCCCUCCUUAUACCCGCAAGAGCACACGGGUUGAAGAAAAAAGCGGAAGAAGCGCACACAGCGGAGCAGGGAGCGAAGCAGAGAAGAAGCAAAAAAAAACCCCAGCCAGCCAUCAUUUGGGGCGAUACGCGCGCGUCAGUGUGUGUGUGAGUGCGCGCGCGAGCUAGUGUGUGUGUGUGUGUGUGUGUGUGUGUUUGCACCGUGUUUUUCUUCGCUCGAUUUUAACUACAGCGCAAACGGGCGAGAGACGACGUCGUCAAACCGCUGGGGCUUGUACGAUCGCAGUAGUCGCGGCAACAACAGGAGAGCAGCCGCCCUUAAUAAGAGCAUCGGUCAGCGAGUUGCUGCUGCUGGCUGCUGUACUAGCGAAGUAAAGAGGAGCCUUGGAAUCGAAGGCAGAAGGAGGAAACGUCCCAAGCCCAAGCCAAUUUUGAUUCCCGCAGUGUGAAAAGAAAACGGUGUCCGGAAGGAAAGGCUUCCCCAAAUACCACACACAACACACACGCACACAUCCGUCGUCUGGAAAACGUCGUCGUCGUCGUCUUCAUCCCCGGUGUGUGCUCUACUCCCGCUCCCUCACUACCACACUCCAUCCACAACGUCAACUGUCCGUCAUCAUUGAGCGUAGCUGAGCAGCGCGAAUCGAUCCAAAAUGUCGGACGUAGAGUUAUCAAACAUAGACCACCUCAUUGCGAUGCUUUUAGAAGUUCGCGGUGCAAGGCCAGGGAAAAAUGUACAACUGUCGGAAACGGAUAUACGUCUGCUAUGCCUAAAGUCGAGGGAAAUCUUUCUCUCCCAACCGAUACUGCUCGAGCUGGAGGCACCGUUAAAAAUCUGCGGUGACAUCCAUGGUCAGUAUUAUGACUUGCUGCGUUUGUUCGAGUACGGCAGCUUCCCGCCAGAGUCGAACUAUCUGUUCCUGGGCGAUUACGUCGACCGGGGAAAGCAGUCGCUCGAGACGAUCUGCCUGCUGCUGGCGUACAAAAUCAAGUAUCCGGAGAACUUCUUCUUGCUGCGCGGCAAUCAUGAGUGCGCCAGUAUCAAUAGAAUAUACGGAUUCUACGAUGAGUGCAAGCGGCGCUACAACAUCAAGAUGUGGAAAACGUUCACCGACUGCUUCAACUGUCUGCCGGUGGCCGCGAUCGUGGAUGAGAAGAUUUUCUGCUGCCACGGCGGCCUCAGCCCGGACCUGCAGUCGAUGGAACAGAUCCGGCGCAUCAUGCGACCCACAGACGUGCCGGACCAGGGCCUGCUGUGCGAUCUGCUGUGGUCCGAUCCGGACAAGGACACGAACGGCUACGGCGAGAACGAUCGUGGCGUCAGCUUCACGUUCGGCGUGGAUAUCGUGGGCAAGUUUCUUACCAAGCAUGACUUUGAUCUAAUCUGUCGAGCGCAUCAGGUGGUUGAGGACGGGUACGAGUUCUUUGCCAAGCGGCAGCUGGUAACCCUCUUCUCUGCUCCCAACUAUUGUGGAGAGUUCGAUAAUGCCGGUGCAAUGAUGUCCGUCGACGAUACGUUGAUGUGCUCGUUCCAAAUCCUGAAGCCAGCCGAUAAACGUAAGUUCCAAUAUGGUGGCCUCAACUCCGGACGGCCAGUUACACCACCGAGAAGCUAUAGUAAAAACAAAAAGAAAUAAUUUAUCAAAUAGUACUAUUCUCUUACAAAAAACAAACUACUACUACUACUAUUAAACAAACAAACAACAACAACAAAAAACUUACUACAAAACUACGUACUACCAAACUUGUGCGGUAUCCGUUCUGUUUUCAUCCACCUCCGCCUCCUCCCUCCUCCUUACAUUGUGCCCCCCCCCCUCCACCCCCAAGCCUCCAGUUUUCCCGGUUAUUUUUCCCAUGUAAUUCCCUUUAAAAAAAGAACAUUUUAUAAAAUAAAACUCGAUCGACUGACAAUGCAGUACCCACGCGUGUGUGUGUGUGUCGGUGCGCUCGCGCGCUCGCGUGGCGUUUGUGAAAGGCAAAAAGGUGUAUCUCCGAUUGUGGAAAUGAAAGUAAUAUAAAACACAGUAACACGCGGUACCAGAAGAGAAUCAUAUGCAAGCGCUGUUCUGCGGCGGGAGAGAAGGACAAGCGCACGCGGGCGGUUGCCUAUUCACGAGGUGUUCGCAUGCGCGAGCGCUCUUUUCUCCGCCGACGGUGGUUGAAGGCGAUAGAAACACAAUUCAGCUUAUAAGUAGAUAUAAACAGGUGCAAGGUGACAAGCAGGCAUAGCAACAGAACAGAACGGCAAAAGGAGAAUGAAGGAAUAUGAUGGUAUUUGACGAAGGAAGAAUUGGGUGGACUGCAAGACGAACAGCAAACGCCUAGGAUCAGUGACCAGGAUAAUAGCGACGUGUGUGUGUGUGUGUGUAUUUCCCACACAACGUGUUUGGAUGUUGUGUGUGUUGACGGUUGUUGCUCGAUAGCUGUUUGAUGUGCAGAAUGAGUAGAAUGAGUAGAGGAGACGAAGCGAUAACACAGGUUUUCUGUUGGCACCAUAACACACCACCACCACCAAGCGGGAAACGGUAGCAGAAUUAGCAGCUGUUGCAGGAUAGAGGAGAAGAAGAAGAGUAAGAGCAUGGCAAUAACCAUGCAAGUGUUCGCCCCUGAAAUUUGAGAAUGUAAGCGAGUGGUGGUAGUAGCACGCGAAAAUAAGAGCAAACGAAGUGCAAACGUUUCUGAAUGAUAAUUUAAUUAGAAACACUAGCGCCAAGAGGGUACACUCACAGUGAGCAUAAGAAAAAAAAGAGGUAAAUAAACAUACAAACAAAUAUGCAUGCUAACAACACAUGAUAACAAGA